AACGACAAAAACGGGUCUUUCUGUUGCUUGUCUUUUCAGACAACGUUUUUCCGCCUUGUGCGGUGUUUACGUCGCAAAGACUCGCGAAAAAUCCAAAAUGCGUUUUACAAUUUAUAAAAUUUAGUCAUGUGCUCCAGUUCUUCAAAUUAAUCAUCAUUUACAUUUAUUUGUACAUCAACAUAAGAUCGGUUUUGUUAUACAAGAAAUUAUUUUUUAUACCAUCUUUCAAAUGAAAUUUUAAAAAAUCAAAAAGUAUUUUCUAAAGUUUUGGAAGGAUUACAUUUUUUUAUCAGUAUGGAAGACCCGAAGGAUAACCGUAUCCUCUACAAAUUGGUACUUACUGGAGGUCCAUGUGGAGGCAAAACAACAGGCCAGGCAAGACUGUGUACCUUCUUCGAAAAUCUAGGAUGGAAGGUUUUCCGAGUACCUGAAACAGCUUCAGUCCUUCUGGGCGGAGGCAUCAAGUUUGCAGACCUAGAUGAAAGAGAGAGUGUGAAAUUCCAGGAAAAUUUAUUGAAAAGUAUGCUGCAAAUUGAAGAUACCUUUUUUGAACUUGGAAAAACCUGCAAACGAAACUGUCUUAUAAUUUGUGAUAGGGGGGCUAUGGAUGCUUCAGCAUUUGUUGCCAAAGAAACAUGGGAGACUAUCAUGAGAGGUAACGCCUGGAAUAAUGUAGAAUUAAGGGAUAACAGAUAUAACCAAAUAAUACACAUGGUAACAGCAGCGAAGGGUGCGGAAGAAUUUUAUUCCACAGAGGAUCACAACUGUCGCUCAGAAGGCGUGGAACUAGCCAGAGAACUUGAUACCAAAGCAGCCGCUGCCUGGGUUGGCCACCCGUACUUCGACGUCAUCGACAACUCCACGGACUUCGAGGGAAAAAUCAGAAGGAUGAUCGUAUCAGUGUGCCAUAAAAUCGGCUUGGAUACCGGCGACAGAUUACUGAAAAACUCAAGAAAACACAAGUUUUUGGUCGAGGGACCUUUACCGGACGACCUGCUCUUUCCUCCAUUUCAGGACUUCGAAGUUGUGCAUAACUAUCUACAAUCUAAUUCGCCUAAUCAAGUUAGAUUGAGGAAGAGAGGCCAGAAAGGUCACUACAGUUACAUUCACACUGUGCGCAGACAAAAUCAUCCUGGGGGACAAGUUAUCGAGGUGAAAACGCAGAUAGCUCAUCGUGACUACAUCAAUUUAUUGACACAAAAGGACAAAACUCAUUUCACGAUCUACAAAAGACGCAGAUGCUUUAUCGAGAAUAAUCAGUACUUCCAAUUGGAUAUCUAUGAACAGCCAAGUCAUCCGAGAUGCCGAGGUAUGAUCCUCUUGGAAACCUACUCAGCUCUGGAUGACCAGCAGUUAUUAAAAACUCUACCAAGCUUCUUAAAUAUCAAGAAGGAAGUGACGGGUAAUCCAGAUUAUUCCAUGUUCAACUUAUCACUAAGGGAAGACUGGAAGACAUCUAAAAAGUUCUGCAGAUCAGUUACAGAUUCGGAUUUUUCGAAAUAUCCAACGUCAGAAAACCGUGAUUCUAAUAUGAAACAGCUAUACAACAACGUGAAUCAUGGCAACCUCAAUGGAAAGCCGAUGAACGGAAAAGCUUAAGUGUGAUUUUAUUCUAUUACGUUUUAGGUACUUAGUAUUUUUACCAUUUUUGAUCAUUUUGUAAUAUUUUUGUUUAAUACUGUUUCGUUAGUCUACUUUUCGAAGGUAUUAUUAAUUUAGGAAUUCACAAAAAAAUUGACAAUGAGUGUGAGUUAGCUGGGUAUCUGCCGAAUCAGCUGCGUAUUCUUGUCAGUUUUAUAUGACAGAGGAAAAUGAUAAAUUUGUGGAUGUUUUCAAGUAUUUAUUUCGUACUGUUUCUUUCCAUGAGAUCGGAAGGGAAGUUUUAAAUGAUAUAUCCAGGGUAUAUAAAAUCUCUUGCGCUGGUUUGGCCUUUCAAAGACCAGUUAAAAAAGAGGUUUUUUACUUUUUUGACUUUUUCUCAAGCUUUUACCAGGGCGGUCCGAUAAGUACUUAGCCUACCAAAGGAAAACAAAAUUUUUGGAAAAGCGGUGAUUUACUUCUGAACGUAAUCUUGAUACACUUGACUCAGCAAUGCUCCAACCUCUUUAACCCGUCUGAAAAGUAUGUUGUUCGAGGUCCGCAAAGUAGGCUUCCGUGGUGGCGAUGAACUCCUCAUUCGACUUAAAUGUCUGCCCGGUGGGUGACUUCUUCAAGUUUGGAAACAAAAAGAAGUCGUGUAGGGCCAAAUCUGGAGAAUACGGUGGAUGGAACAGCAAUUCGUAGUCCAAUUCGACUGAAAUUUUGACAUAGGCCGUCUACAAGAAGAAUGAUUUUUUUGAAAAGGUUACACCACUUUCUUUGAAUAGCUCUAGUAUGCCUCUCGCAUAUAAAAAGUAUAUAGAAGUACCAUUUGGAUGGUGAUCGAUUGACAUUUUCGACGAAACGAACAUUUCUAGUUUCUCAUAAAAGUAUAUCUUCCAAAGUAGACUAACGAGUUAUGAUUAUUUUCACUUAUAUCUCUUUAAGUUGUUAGUAAUAUUUUAAUUAUGAGAUAAAAAUCUGAAGAGUUUAAUAGACGUUAAAAAAUAAUUUCGCUGCAAAAGUAUAAAAUCAGUAUUGUAAAUUAUUUUUCUUGUUUAACUUUUUUUAAUUUUAGUUUGAGAUGUACCUGCUUGAAAAUAAAAUCUUAAUAUUGUCAACAUUACACCAUAGUGGAGUAAGUUAUAUUUUUUGGAACGUUUAGAUGAUUGGAGGUCUUUGUCGGCGGAAGAACUGGUUUACGGCUGCUACUACCUCUUCUUCUGGUUCCUAUCGGUUUCGGUUCUUGGAAAUCAUAUUGGCAAUCAAAACCGUGCUGGCUGCGGCUCGAAACAGUUCCAUUGAGGUUUUCUUAAACCAUGUUCUCAAAUUCCGCAGCCAUGAUAUUCUCCUUCUACCGGGUCCUCGCUUACCUUUGACUUUACCUUGCAAUAUGGACUGCAGCAGUGAGUAACGGUGCUGAUUUCUCAUAAAUACAAUCUCCGGUUCCUUCUUCACUCUUCCUAGGACUUCCUUGUUCGUGAUCCUUGCUGUCCAUGAUAUUCUUAGCAUUUUUCUAUAAAGCCACAUCUCAAAUGCUUUAAGUUUCACGGCUGCUACAUGACGAAAAAUUGACUCAAAAAAGUGUUAGUAUCGAUAUAUCGAAUGACGUACAUGGUAUAUCGAUGUUAAUCGAUUAAUAUAUCAAUCGACCAUUUCAUUAUAUCAAUCAAGAAUUUUCUUUGCCUGUUAAUUUCGGUUUUGUAUUUCAUGUUAUUUUAAAUUACAUGCAUACACUACUAAAUGCAUAUUUUUUAACUUUUCUGCUUUCUUUCUGAUGUGAAGAACUAUUUUUCUCAUCGUAAUAACACAGAGAGGAGAGUUUUAUGGUGGAAAUAGGUUCUUCCAUACAAUAUUGGCCUUUUCGGUGACUUACUUUGCAGUCAAGAAUCGGAAACGUCAAAUAAUCAAUUUAUUGUAUAACUGUGGUGUACUUCCAAAGAGAUAUUUGAUAUUAUAGCUGAAAUUUUAGUCCAAAAUACUUCCGCAUUCUUCUGUGUGCGUAUCAUCCACUAAAAUUUAAUAAAAUCAUUACAAACUAUAGUCUGUUUUUAAUUGGUUGUUUGUAAAAGCUUGUUUGUAAUUGGUCCAACUCCAGGCAAGUUUACUCCACUGUUAUCAAAUUUUGACACUAAUGACAUUUAUAAAAUUUUGACACUUUUGGCAUUUCAUAGGUUAAUUAAGUUAUAUCAGCGGUUUUUUGUAUUUUCUGCGUUAUUCCUUUAAUUUUUAGAUUUUCAGUCUGUUGUUAUAUAAAAAAACGGUUGUUUUUAGAACUCUUUAAUGAUGUAUUAGUAUAAUAUAAUAUUUAUGGAUUACCGUCAAAGGCCUAUGACAACCAAAAAAGAAGAUGUAUUUGGUGAUAUUUCUAAUGACUUUCCUGGGUGUGAAUCUGUCUUUUUAGUUUACUCCUCUUGGUUUAAAAAUAAAGCUUAGUUGAGUGAAAUGCUCAGUAGAAUCUGAUAAAAAUUUCUGAAUCCCACAUGAUAGCGACUUCUAAUAGGAAGAUGUUUAAACGUUUUAACCCCCGCAUAAUAGGGGUAUUCAUCGUGGCCAUUUUUUUUUUCGUACACUUGACGUAAUAUGACGUUUAAUAUUAUAUAAAUAUACAUCAUAUGUCAAGUGUACGAAAAAAAAUGGCGGCUAUGAAUAAUAGCUCUAUAGUAGCAGCACCAACCAGUUGUUCUUUGGACGAACUUGUCUUGAGAAAAGUUCUUUGGUUACUUAUUAGAUGAUCUAUUAUAAAAGAGUACUUAGUUAAAUGAUAGUGUGAUACUUAUUUUUGGAUAAUAUUGUAUAGCAAUCUCCACUAUUCAUAGACAUAUUUUAUUAUAGAUGUGAUUUUCAUUGACUAUUUUUUGUAGUAGUUGAGAACGUCUUGUAGAAUCUCUUUCACCAGAUUUCUUAAGUUUAAACAAAGACCUGUCCUCAACACUUUGACUAAAACAAUGUAAGAUUGUUUGCAAUAAAUAGUUUUAAUGGCCGUAAAAAUAACUAAAUAUGCAUUCAGUGAAUAUAAGCCGCUUCAGAAAAAAACGAAUGUUUUUAACUGACCAGUUAUUUCCAUCUUGAAAUAAUAGGGCUUUUCAUCGAUUGUCAUUUGUUUCGAGCUUCUGUCAUAUGUUGUAUAAUCUGUGUAUAAUAUUAAUAUACACGGAUUAUACGACAUAUGACAGAAGCUCGAAACAAAUGACUGUGAAUGAAAAGCCCUAUUACGCAUAUUCGCUGUGAGCCGAUGAGUAGAGGGGAUUUGACAGUUUUCGCCAGCGCUGUUAGUGGCAGUUUUGUGCAUUGAAUUUGAACAAUAUAAAAAUAAAAUAAAAAUUCCAUUUUUAUUCAGUUGCAAUGCGAAGGCAAAACCGUCUUAUUUUUCACUUAGAACAGGGAGCGCAGACCAGCACUCUAAAUCGACGAUUUUCGACUCUAUUUGGAGUCAUCAUCAGAGAGGAGUAGGCCUGCUGCUCUCUGCCCGAAGUGACAAAAUCACGAAAGCUUAUCCCCGCAUUGCAACUGACGUUUAUGGAGUAGGUGACUAGCGUCAUCUGGCAACUGAAAGGCAAAGUAAGUUUUCAACCUAAUAGAAAUUAUAAUAAUUAUGAAAAAGAUUAAAAAUAUUACUAAAAGAUUUUUAAUUGAAAACUUAUUGAUCCAUUUCCCUGAUAACACCUCCAUGGCUUCUAAAAAUUGCAAGCCAGAUGGAUGCUGAAGCGAAGAAGACAAGAGAGAAUUCAAAAAACUUACAAUUCACGACCCCGUCUAUUCAGCUGGUAAAUUCCAACAGAAAAUGGACCUAGUUACUCAAAGAAGUAACGACCAAUAUAAAAAUAAAAUAAAAAUUCCAUUUUUAUUCAGUUGCAAUGCGAAGGCAAAAAAAAAAUUGAGAAAAGCAUUUGAACAAUUUUAUCAGAAAAGUACAAGUUUCAAACCGCGAGAGAGCGCUACCGACGAAACUUACAGCCAAUAAAAACAGAGGUAACCUCUAAAUUUCACAUAAACUUCUUCUUUCUCUCAAUGGCCUCUUGCGUAAGCAGUCAUCCAGUCGCACGAAUUUAUAUAUUAAAUAUUAAAAUUAUAAUAAAUAAAAUAAAAAAACAUAAUUACUUUUACUAUUAAUUAUGUGUAUUCGUUCAGUAAUCAGGUUACAAAAAUAUUUCAGUUCAUAAUCCAUGUUUUUUUUAGAUAAAUAUCUAUUUUUCUCGUUUUGUAUAUUUCACAAACACCAAUUUUAUCAGAAAAAUACAAGUUUCAAACCGCGAAAGAGCGCUACCGUCGAAACUCAUAGCCAAAAAAGAAAUUGUGAUAAAGAACACGGCAUAUAAUAAGUGUUUUCUAUCUUGUGCUUGUGCAAACAGGGGAGGCCUAUGUCCAGCAGUGGAUUGAGAGGCUGAUGAUGAUGAUGAUAUAAUAAGUGACAUAUGACACUGACAGUUGACAGACAAUAUCAGCGUCUCUAUAUUGAAAGAGAAUGUUUCUAGUAACAAUUGUUAAGUGUCACAGUGAACACGGUUUAAUAUUUUUUAUUUUAAAAGAAGGUCUUUCAAUUAAAAAUCACAAUCUUUACUGAACUGAAAUACCAUACCUGACAUAUUGAAAGAGUACCUUUCUAAUAGAGUAUUUUUCUUGCUAAUUGGUCUUUACCAAAGCCAUCAAAUUAAAUAAAAAAAUAGGGUAUUUUUAAAAGUCAAAGUUUCCAUCCUAAUAAAAAUAUUUAAAAAUGUUUUUAAAAGAUAUUUAAUUGAAAACUUAUUGGACCAUUUUGCUGGUAACACCUCCAUGGCUUCUAAAAAUUGCAAGCCAGAUGGAUGCUGAAGCGAAGAAGAUAAGAGGGAAUUCUAAAACUUGCAAUUCACGACCCCGUCUGUUCAGCGUGGUAAAUUCCAACGCAAAAUGGACCUAUGUUACUCAAAGGAGUAAUACUAAUAUAAAAUAAAAAUUUAUACCAUUUUUAUUCAGUUGCAAUACGAAGUCAAAACUGUCUUAAUUUUUACUUAGUUCAGAGAGCGCAACCAGCACUCUUAUCGACGACUUCACCACUUUUUAGUGGUUCUUCAGAGAAUGCAGAGAUUGCUAUCUCGAUAUUAUUAGCGUAUUUUUAAUUUGAAAACAUUUACUUUCAAUUUAAAAUGAACAUGUAUACUAAGUUGCUUAUUUAAACGCUACGUUUAAGAUUAUUCUUCGUGGUUAAAGUUAAGUGACGUAUGACUUGUGAUAGACGGUACUGACAGUAGAUAAACAAUAUCAUAAUCGCCAUAUAGGGCUUUUCAACGCUUCUCAUUUGUUUCGGGCACUUUUCAUUUGUCGUAUAUUAAUAUUAUACAACGUAUGACAAGUUCCCGAAACAAAUAAGAAGCGUUGAAAAUAUAUUGAAAAAGAUCACAUCUAAUCACAACCGUUAAUUGCCUGUUUAAAAGCUACUCCUAUCUGCUUUUAGGCUUAUUCUGUGCGUAUAGGUGUCAAGUAGGAUAGUACAGAUGACAGAUAGUACUGACAGCAGUAGACAAUAGGCCUUUUCAUCAUGUGAGGAGCGAGUGCGCAUCUGCUAUGUUUGUCGUACUGUUUUAAUCUAGAAUUGAGAGGUUAGGUAUCAUUCAUUACUUGUCAGCAACCUAACCUAACAUGCUUGUUUAUAGUAAACAGUACGAAAAAAAUGUCUGAUGAAAAGGCCUAUAUCGCCAUAUGGAAAAAGAGCAUGUCGUUCUAUCACCAAGUGUAUCUGUAAACAACUCGGUACUUUUCAUAGAUUACCUACCAAUGAUGUACCCUUAUCUGUACGUUUGUAUACGUUUUGUUCAGGGCGCAAAUUUACUGAAUGUACUGUAUUUAUUUUGUACCGGUGACUUUCUUCGUGGGCAGGUUUUAAGUCUUUAGAUUUAUAAACUAGUCCUAAGAUUUAAUCGAUGUUAGAUAGACUUUUUAGCUGAUUAUUUCUGUUGAAAUGUUGAUAUGAUAUGAAGCAGGAUUUGGAUGGAGAUCUGGUUAAAGCUGAUGGCCUUCUGUGUCAAUUUCAAUACCAAACUGUACUUAUCAACAGAGCACCUGUUUGUAAUCGAAGGUUUAUAUCUGUAAAAAUAUCUACAUAAUAAAGAAUUGAAUGGAAA